AUGGUAGACAAAGCCAUGAGAAUAUUGAAACUUGCAGAUAUAGAUUCUUGGCAGCGGGGCGCGGCGGGGCGCGCGGGGCGCGCAGGGGGCGCGGGGUCCCGGCGACCGCCCGCUCGGCCUCCCGGGUCGUUGGUGGCCUUGCGACCGAGCUUGCCAGUGGCCCGGUCUCGUGCGUUCCCGGGGCCGAGGCGCUUUCCCAGGAGCCUCGCCUCGGCCCCGGGGGCGGGAACGCGCAGGCUCCGCUUCAGCCGGGCGCGCCGUGGGGUCCCCGCGCUUCCUCGUGAAGGCGGCCGAGGCUCGGCCGGGCACGGCCAGCUGCCCCGGGUCGCGCGGCGCGUGGGCAGCGAGGUGAGACGCGCAUCGCGAACUGCAGAGGAUGUCAAUGUUACUUUUGAAGAUCAACAGAAAAUAAACAAAUUUGCACGGACCACAAGUAGAAGCACAGAGCUGAAGGAAGAAAUAGAAGUAAAAAAGAAGCAGCUCCAGAACCUCGAAGAUGCCUGCGAUGACAUCCUGCUUGCCGGUGACGAGUGCUUGAUGAUUCCGUAUCAGAUUGGAGAUGUUUUCAUUAGCCACUCUCAAGAAGAAACCCAGGAAAUGUUAGAAGAAGCAAAGCAAAACUUGCAAGAAGAAAUCGACACCUUAGAAUCCAGGGUGGCAUCAAUUCAGCGGGUCUUAGCAGAUUUGAAAGUUCAGUUAUAUGCAAAAUUUGGCAGCAACAUAAACCUUGAAGCUGAUGAGAGUUAAACAU